AUGAUUACAACAAAGAAGCUUAUCAGAAAGGAAAGGAAGUGGCAGAAGAUAGCAUCCAUUGGAAGGAAAAGAAUUGCCUCAGCAAGGACUAAUACAAAGAUAGCUGCUGCUGCUGCAAAUGAUUAUAAUAGAUCAUCAGAGGUUGUUAAAGGAUGCUUUGUUAUCUUCACAAUGGAUAAGAGACGCUUCCUGAUUCCCUUGGCGUUUCUUAGCAUCUGCAUUUUCCGUGAACUCUUCAAGUUGUCUGAAGAGGAGUUUGGACUGCCAAGUGAUGGACCUAUAACAUUUCCAUGUGAUACAGUUUUCAUGAACUACAUUGUCUUCAUUGCGAAACAAGGAUUAUCCAAGGAUUUGGAGAGAUCAGUGGUCAAUUCCAUUUCUACAUAUCAUUGCUCGUCGGAUACUUAUUUCAAUCAAGGACAUGAAGAUCCAAAGUCACUUGUUUGUGAAUUCUGA